AUUUUGAAAUUCUAUCAAUGGAUGUGGCAUUUAAGUAGCCCUAUAGAAAACAACUUUUGUGUGAAAAACAUACGUUUAAUUAUUCUACUGUCAAAGCAUUGUGCCUGAACACAGGCGCUCUAUAUCCUGUGACACCGGGCGUUGUUCACACAAGAAAGUAGUCCCGGUUGGUGAAGGGGAUAAAAUCUGUCGCUCCAGCAGAACCAGUGGCGUCUUGGUCCAUGCAAAGUUCACCCAGUAGGGCAUUUUCUGCAAAUACAGAUCCAGUCAUGUCGAAGUCAAAGGAUAUGAGCUCUUCCAUCAUCCACACCCAGCAGAUGCAUGCUGCCAUGGCAGACACUUUCAUUGAGCACAUGUGCCUGCUGGACAUUGACUCUGAACCUGCUGUGUCUCGCAACACCGGCAUCAUCUGCACAAUUGGACCUGCUUCUAGAUCUGUGGACAUGUCCAAGGAAAUGAUCAAGGCUGGGAUGAACAUUGCAAGAAUGAACUUCUCUCAUGGCACACAUGAAUACCAUGCCGAGACCAUCAAGAAUGUCCGUGAUGCAACUGAGAGCUUCGGUCCAGGAUCUCUUGACUACAGACCAGUGGCCAUUGCUCUGGAUACCAAGGGACCAGAAAUCAGGACUGGACUUAUCAAGGGCAGCGGUACUGCUGAAGUUGAGCUCAAGAAGGGUGAGACCAUUAAGGUCACGUUGGACGACCAGUACAAGGAUAAUUGUGACGAGAAAGUUCUGUGGCUCGACUACAAGAACAUCACCAAGGUUGUGCAGACCGGAAGCCACAUCUACAUUGAUGAUGGUCUGAUUUCCCUCAAGGUUAAAGAAGUUGGCAACGACUUUCUGAUGUGUGAAAUUGAGAAUGGUGGUACACUGGGCAGCAAGAAGGGCGUCAACCUGCCUGGAGCUGCAGUUGACCUGCCUGCUCUGUCUGAGAAGGAUAUUCAGGACCUGGAGUUUGGUGUGGAGCAGGGUGUUGACAUGGUCUUCGCCUCCUUCAUCCGUAAGGCUGCUGACGUUCAAGCUGUCAGGAAAGUGCUGGGUGAGAAGGGCAAGAACAUCAAGAUCAUCAGCAAGCUGGAGAACCACGAGGGUGUGCGCAGAUUUGAUGAAAUCCUGGAAGCUAGUGAUGGCAUCAUGGUUGCCCGUGGAGACCUGGGCAUUGAAAUCCCAACAGAGAAGGUCUUCAUCGCCCAGAAGAUGAUGACUGGCAAGUGCAUCAGGAUCGGCAAGCCCAUCACUUGUGCCACACAGAUGCUGGAGAGCAUGACCAAGAAACCCCGCCCUACUCGAGCUGAGGCCAGUGAUGUCGCCAAUGCCGUGCUGGACGGCAAUGACUGCAUCAUGCUGAGUGGUGAGACUGCCAAGGGAGACUAUCCUCUGGAGGCCGUCCGCACACAGCACAGGAUUGCCCGUGAAGCAGAGGCCGCCAUGUUCCACAGGCAGUUGUUUGAGGAGCUGCGUCGCACCUCUCAUCUGACCCGUGACCCCACAGAGUCCGUCGCUAUCGGUGCCGUCGAGGCUUCAUUCAAAUGUUGCGCCAGCGCCAUCAUCGUGCUCACCAAGUCUGGCAGGUCUGCUCACAUGCUGUCGAGGUACAGGCCCCGUGCCCCGAUCAUUGCUGUGACCCGCUGUGGCCAGACCGCCCGCCAGGCCCACCUAUACCGCGGUAUCUACCCUGUGCUCUACACCAAGCCUGCCAACGACGUCUGGGCCGAGGACGUUGACUUGCGUGUGAACUUUGCCCUGGAAGUUGGCAAGCACCACAAAUUCUUCAAGUCUGGUGAUGUUGCUAUUGUUGUGACCGGCUGGCGCCCAGGUUCCGGUUACACCAACACUAUGAGAGUUGUGCUGGUGCCUUGAACUUCCUCAAAGAACAUUAGUAACUGCCCCCUCCUUCCCUCUCUUGUAACCUGCCUCCCCUCUUGUCGGACUUUUCUUUUCUGGCUUACUUCAUCCCCAACAGAAUGUCAAGACCAGGCCACUCCUUCAAAGAGACUGAACACAAACCCUUUUAGUGGAAACUCUACUGUCGUGUGUGUUCUGUUUGCACUCUGUUUGCAUGGUGAACAGAGUGUAAAUCAAUGUUCAAUGUUCAUUGUUCAAUUGUACUUCAUUGAAAAGUACACAUUUUGUAAUUUCCUUGACUUUUGGUUCUUUAAUUAUCCAGGGAUAAACAAAAACAUGUACUGUCAUUGUCUUCUCCAGUGUUGCAUUCUGAACUGCCAGCUAGUACAAAGUGUCAUCGUGAUCUGGCACGACUGGGUUUCUGUUCAUUAAAAGGAAUUCUUGGGUCAA